AUGCAGACCUUCUCUCUUGCUGCGACGAACGAUAACCAGCCCAUCUCUAAAACUUAUCUUGCGGCCGCCCAGCAGAUCAACAUUGGUUGCGGGCCGUCCUUUGUGGUCGCAGCUGUGAAGCUUGGCUCGCCAAAUGUUGCUCGUAGGACCGUGCAACUGGGAACAGGGCCUUCGAUGUUUGGCUUUGAUUUGAUAGGGGUGAUGACUUAUGUGUUGCUGUUUUGCGUUGGGAUACCGAUUUUUGCGCUAUCCAUCCAUGGCUCCUCUGACGCAUUUAUCCUAAAAUCCAAAAUAUUUGCCCUCAUCAACCGACCUGAAGUGACUCCGAUCGAGCGGGCCACCUCGCCAGCGUCACGUUUCCACGAAUGGAGCUUCUCGUACUCAUGA